CUGAAAGUGGAGCGUAGUGGAGACGAGAGCGUGUGUGAGCGAAGUGGAGUUAUUUGUAUUAUUGGAGAGAGAGCGAGAGAAAGGGGGCGACAGCAGCAGCGGAGGAACAGGAGGCUACCUAUCUGUCGUCUGAGGGAAGGGGGUGUGUGUUUGGGGACAGUGAGCUCUGCUGAGUGAGUGAGUGUGACUGAGUGAUAGUGAGUGAGUGUGUGUAUAUGUGCGAGCGAGAGAAACACAGCCAAGCUGGCGGAGUUCAACAUGGCAUCGGGAGAAACGCUGUACAUAGAGACGGACGGGUCGGAGAUGCCGGCUGAGAUCGUGGAGCUGCACGAAAUCGAAGUGGAAACGAUCCCGGUGGAGACCAUCGAGACCACGGUGGUCGGGGAGGACGACGACGACGAUGAUGACGACCACCAGCCCAUGAUCGCGCUGCAGCCGCUGGUGACGGACGACCCGAGCCAGCUCCACCACCAUCAGGAGGUGAUCCUGGUGCAGACCCGGGAGGAGGUGGUCGGCGGGGACGACUCGGACCUCCGGGCCGAGGACGGGUUCGAGGACCAGAUCCUGAUCCCCGUGCCCGCUCCCGGGGUGGAGGACGAGUACAUCGGGCAGACGCUGCUAACCGUGGCGGGGAAGAGCUCCGUGGGGAGGAUGAAGAAGGGGGGCGGCAGCGGCAAGAAAGCGGGCAAAAAGAGCUACCUGAGCGGGGCCGAAGCCAGCGGGAGGAAGUGGGAGCAGAAGCAGGUGCAGAUCAAGACCCUGGAGGGAGAGUUCUCAGUCACGAUGUGGGCUUCAGAUGACAAAAAGGACAUUGACCAUGAGACUGUGGUAGAAGAACAAAUUAUUGGUGAGAAUUCUCCUCCAGACUACUCAGAAUACAUGACUGGAAAGAAGCUCCCUCCUGGUGGCAUCCCAGGAAUCGACCUCUCGGACCCCAAACAGCUAGCAGAGUUUGCCAGAAUGAAGCCACGGAAGAUUAAAGAGGAUGAUGCACCGAGGACGAUAGCCUGCCCCCACAAAGGAUGCACUAAGAUGUUCAGGGAUAACUCUGCCAUGAGGAAACACCUACACACCCAUGGGCCCCGGGUUCACGUGUGUGCUGAAUGUGGAAAAGCCUUUGUGGAGAGUUCCAAACUAAAGCGGCACCAACUUGUUCACACCGGAGAAAAGCCUUUCCAGUGCACCUUUGAGGGCUGUGGGAAACGCUUCUCACUGGACUUUAAUCUUCGCACACAUGUCCGGAUUCACACCGGAGAUCGCCCUUAUGUCUGCCCGUUUGACGGCUGCAAUAAAAAGUUUGCCCAGUCCACCAACCUCAAGUCACACAUUCUAACACACGCAAAAGCCAAAAACAACCAAUGAGCACCUCCGUUCUGUUUUUCCUUUUACACCUGAACUCAGCCUGAACACCACAAACCUAACACUGGAGGAAUGAACUGUGCUCCUCUGUUGUUCUCUUAAGGAGUGGGGGCAAUAAAAUAAGACCAGGAGGUCUGAAAAUAAAUUAUGGCAAUUAUAAAAGACAAAAACUGAACUUUGGCAACCCAUAUGUCCUCACAUCUGCCUGCUUAACUGCGUGGCUCUUACUGAGGAGCUGUAUGAGUAUGGCUGCAUCUGACCCAGCUAACAACCCUCAUGAUUUGAUGGCUUACUGUGGCCAGCGGAAUGAUGGAACUCAUGGAUGUCGUCCUCAUCCAUCAGAGGAACGAGUAGAACUAGGACAUUUGGACAGUUUGCUCCAUUUUUUUUAGUUCUCAAAUAAAUCUCACCAGUCUGCAUAGAUACAGUGGCAUGCUGAAGUUCAAGCUCCCUGGUUAAAAAAAAAAAAAGUGAAUAACUUUGUGUAAAAGAUGAAUGGAUUGCCAAAACAGCAUAAAGUUAAAGAGCCAUGUUCAUGAUUGCUUUUUUCCUUUGUUUUAGCAUUGCUGCUAACUAAAGGUAGAGUUUGGGCACCCUGCCUGGUUAGGACUUGUAAGUAUUGCAGCUUGUAAAUGUAUUUCAUAGCAGCAAAGAGUCUUUCUAUUAGGGUUGGUUUGUUUGGGUUUUUUCACCCUUUUUUUGUUUGAUUCUAGUUCUAUGAGAUUUUUGGGCAAUCUUUGAUACACUGUUCUUUUCAAGUUUAUCCACAAAAGCUUCAAAGAUGAUUAGAUCGGAGUACUGUUAGGGCCAUGGCAAAACCUUCAGCCUGUGCCUCCUGAUGUAGUACUUUGUGGAUUUUGAGGUGAGUUUAGGAUAAUAAUCUUGCUGUUAAAGCCUGGUAUUUAUUUAAAUCUAUUGUUCCCUAUACCAGUGAAAUGUUUAAAAGCCAAUCAUUGGCACAGGUUUUAAAGGAUUAUUGAUCAACCCCGGUGCUCUCUACUAAAAAAGUAGAAUUUCUUUUUCUCUCCAAACAUAGUUUUGCUUAUUACAGCCAGAAGGUUCUAGUGCAAGGUCAUCAGUCUACAAGACACGUUUUUAAAAUGCUUUAUACUGAUUCUGCUGCUGAAUUUUGUGUUGAGGAUUUUGACGACUCUUCCAUGAAGGUCAUUUUUUUUGUGCCAGUUUUUCUGCACAGAAGAAUAAUGCACCAUUGUUCCAGUUUACUAAAUCCUCCUGAAGCUCUUUUGCCUUUAAUUUUUUUUAUUUUUUUAUUUAUUUUUUGACUUUCUAAUAAUCUUACUGGAACAUCAUUCUCAAAAUAAUCUCAACUUGACUUCUUUUCUUUUUGUCAACUUCCAUUUCAAGGAGUAUAAUAUAUAAGGCUUUGAAAUUUACCUCACCUGAUCUUUCCUAAAUAUAAUCAAAAACAAGCCAUAGCCCUAAUGAGCUAAUUAAUAGCUGAGACUUUGGUAAAGUGAAUCUCUUGGAGUGCCCAGAAGUUUGCAUGGUGCUACGUUCCAUGUUUUGCUCAGAAUGUUAAUUAAAAUGUUUCGACUUCAACUUUAUGCCUUGAGGAGAUCAGGCCAACUCUUACUUAUUUAACCUGUUCAGUAACAGAAACAUUAACCAGGGUGCUCUAACCUCUGCAUGCCACUGUAUGAUUUUUAAUUUUGUAUUUCUGAGUGUGCAUAUUGUACACUUAUAUUUGGGAUGUGCUUAGAAAUUCAACCUUGAGAUUAUUCUUUAUCCAUGAGGAUUUAAGGUUUUGCAUAGGACAUGUUCUUCUUGGAAGGGUGGAUCAUAGUUACUGUAAGACAAUACUUCAAAAGUAUUUUAUGUAAAAAGUUAUCUUUUACUGUUUUGUUUUUUUUCCUGUCUUUAUUUGGUUGUAAUCUAACCAUUGAAUAAUCUUGUAUACGUGUAUUGUAUGGCUGUAUGGAGAUCAUGUAGGAAUGAUAAGCAGCGUGAUUUUCAAGUGUUUACUGCUUUAAAGUGUUUAGUCAUCAGUUACUUUCUCUUUUUUGUCACAUUUGUCUCACAUGGAGAAGAACAUUUAAAAUCAUUUUAAACCCAUCUCACCACAAAUCACAAUGUGACCUAUCAUUUUCCUUUGUUUAGAUUGUAUUAUAAAGGUCUAAACCAUAAAAAUAUUAUUUGUUAAUAUUUACAUUUCCAUGUAUUUCAGUGAGCUGCAAUUAAAGAAAAAGGUGAUAAGAAUCCAAA